AUGGCCACUCACCAAGCCCCCACCGGCGCGUCCUCAACCGUAACAGGAGGUCAGGACCCUGGGGAUAGCGACACUGGAGCCGACAACCACCGCGCCGACAGCAUCGGAGCAGACGACCACCCACCGCGCACUGGCUCCGCAGGUUCAGGAUCAGGCGUCGGAGCUGCGUACAAGCGCGCGAGUCGAAAGGGCGCACCGAGAAGAUUCUCGUGUCCUUUCCCCGGAUGCGACAAGAUCUAUUCCAGAGCUGAGCAUCUUCAACGCCACCAGUUGAAUCAUAAUCCCAAGGAGAUCUACCAGUGUGACGUGGUUGGCUGCGAGCAAAAGUUCGUGCGACUCGAUCUUCUCUCACGUCACAAGAAGAGGCAUUCGGGAACGUACAUCCCCGCAAUCGCGUACCCAACUUCAACACCUCCGCCACCGGGGCGCGUCGAAUCCCACAAGUCCGGUAACCUCGCCGACCUCUGGCCCUCCGCCCGGACCCAUCAUGCACCUGAUGGCCUACAGCGGCGUAUCGGACGAGCAGUUGAUGGCACGGGACUUUACAGUCUGGCUUUUGAUCCCCAGACGAGUUUCAGCGACUUCAGCGUCGCUAAUCUCCCCUUCAUCGAGGGCGGCCUCGAGUCCACCUUCAACAACAAUAUCCAAUUCGACUACGAGUCCCUCACAAGCCGUUCCCAACUCGAUCCGACCCCACCGCGCCAAAUGGAAGGACUCGACGAUAUCAUUAGCGAACCGAGGCGGCAGGAGAUCUUGCGCCUAUUCCAGCUCUUCCGCAAGCGAACCGACCGAUACGAAUCGAGCAUUGUGAAUCUGGUGCGUGAGAACGGCGGAGACCUCCCCGCUCUGAACCUGGAAAUGAUGCGCGACUGCUUGCAUGAAUAUUGGGAGUCCGUGUCCCCUCGACUCCCCAUUAUUCACCAGCCCACGUUUUCCUCUAACCGGUGCCCCAUCUUGCUCCUGAUGGUCAUGGUCGCGCUCGGGGCCGCUUCUCUACGCAGUAGGGAUGGCGGCGGUAGCCUGAAGGAUUAUGGCGCGUUUGCGGACGUCAUCAUCGAAGGCGUGCGCUGGGAAAUUGUAAUGGCGGACGAGGCCACUCCGCCCGUCGGGCUCUGGGUAGCGCAGGCGCUGCUUCUGCUCGAAUUUUACGAGAAACUCUACUCUUCACGGCGAUUCCACGAGCGGGCGCACAUUUAUCACUCAGCGACCCUCACCCUGCUCCGUCGUGGCAGCCCCCUCAUCGGCAGGGCAGGGAGCGAAUCCCCACCCGAAGAGGCGCCGCCGACUGGGGAUCAGCCGUCGCAGCACAGCGGUGCGGCUACAUUUGAUUCGAGGAUGUGGUGGAUACGAUGGGCGGAAACGGAGUCGAUGCACCGCGUCGUGUUUGUAGCGUUCAUGCUCGAUAUUAUCCACGCUGCCAUGUUUGGCCAUACCGCAGACAUGGCCCCGCACGAGAUCCGGCUGCCUCUGCCUUGCGACGACAACUUGUGGACGGCAUCGAGCCCGGAUAUGUGUCGGCAACUCGACAAUAACUUGCGAAUGUAUGGCGUGCAGCCCGUCUCAUUCCUCGACGGCCUCAAGAACGCGCUGCACGGCAAAGAGGUCAAGACGCACUCGUUUGCACGCAUGAUCAUCAUGUCGGGCCUGCUCAGCGUAGGAUGGCACCUCAGCCACCGUGAAACACACCUCAAAUGGCUAGAUGUGCGCACGCCUUCGGCGGAUACCAGGGAUAACUGGCGCAAGAUGCUUCUCAACGCGUUUGACGUGUGGAAGGGCAGCUUCGACAACGCCAAUGGCGACACGGCCGACACUCGGGGGUCCACAAACGGACCGAUCCAUAGCGCCGCGAUGCUCUACCACCUCGCGCAUAUUUGCCUUCAUGUGGAUAUUGUGGACUGUCAAGUGUAUUCCGGGGCGAAGCGGCUGCUCGGGCGCAAGGUUUCGACGCGAGAUUACUCCAACGCCGUGGGCCGCAUGAAGCCCGACCCACACCGGCCUUGGAUCAUGUACUAUGCCGCACUGAGCAUCUGGUCCUUUGUCCGGGCCGUGACGCCGACGCACAGCCGCUCCCCGAUGCAAAGUCUCGCCCCGAUUGACAGCUACCGGCGCAUGGGCAGCUACCUGACGGGCGUAGCGCGGAUGAACGACGUGAGCGACAAGGCGGCGGCAGCAAUGCAGGACGGCCUCCCAGAUCUGCUAGACGCGUUGAGCAGCAGCCUGGGCGAGGCGAACUCGGACCUGCUACGGGAGGCGCAUCUCUCCGCAGCGACAACCGCCGAGCUCGUCCUCUUCACCGUCCACGACCGCAUCAUCGGCUCCAUCAUCGGCUCCGCCCUCGGCGACGCCAUCGGCCUCUACACCGAAUUCCUCUCCGCCCAGACCUCCCGCGACUCCUACCCCACCCGCCGCUUCACCCUCAGCCCCCGCGGCCAGGCCACCCCCUUCCGCAUCGACUACCACCGCUCCCCCACGCACCCGGCGACUGGACCGACGACACCGACCAUGCCUGCCUGCUCCUCCUCUCCUUUCUGCACAGCGGCGGCGCCGAAUCGGCGCCGGACCCCGCUGACUUCGCCGCCCGGCUCACCUCAUGCGCACCCACCCCUCGGCCCCAUGUGCAUCGGCAAAACCCAGGCCGAGACCUUUGACCGCGCCGCCGCCCUGUCCGUCAUCACCCACGUCGACCCCCGAUGCGUCGUCUCCUGCGCCAUCGGCACCGACCUUAUCCGCGGUCUCCUCCUCGGCGAGUACGUCUCCGAGGCCGACGUCGACGCCCCCCCGCUCGACCUCGACGAAUUCAACCGCCACGCCCGCGCCCCCACCCUCGAGGCGCUGCAGCUCGACGACUCCCAAAAGAUUGGCUACGUUUACAAGUGCCUCGGCACCGGUAUCCUCUGCCUUCGCCUCGCCAUGCGCGCCCUGGCCGAUCCCGCCGCCUCGCUGCGCACCCGCAUAGGCUUGUUCGAGCGCCUCAUCACCGAUCUCAUCAUGUGGGGCGGCGACGCCGACACCAACGCCUGCUUCGCCGGUGCCAUCCUCGGCGCCUACCUCGGCUACGGCGCGCUCCCCACCCACUGGACCGACGCGUACGAUGGCAAGCUGGACAAGGACACCGCCGUGGACGGUGGCCGGGGCCUCCUCACCAAGGACCAGAUGGAGGAGAGGUUCAUGCGCCUUCAGGGCAGGGUGGCCCAGGAGCUAGAGGAGGACAGGAAGAGGAGGUACGCGGAAGAGAAGAGGGCGAAGGGCCUCUUUGGGAAGCUGCCCAUCUUUAACCAGCAAAGGUAA